AUGUCUGUCUGUCAUCCUACGUCACAUUUUUCACCCGAACCUAAUUCGUUAGACGAUACAUUUUCUAUAUCAAUUGAAUCAUUAAUUAAAGCUGCAACUAUUAAUAAAACCCCACAAAAUUCAAGAAACCUUAAAUCAUCAAAUAUGAGCGCUGUACCACGACUAACUAAACUUGCAACCAAUGAUAACUUUUCUCAACCUGAAAUUUUAAGUUAUUAUCCUCCAAGAUUAUUGACUCUCUUUCUACUUGGAUCUUUCACUUCUUUCGUAAUCGAUCAUUUACUUACACAAAAUAAUAUAACGGAAUACCCAAAAGAUAUUACAAAAUUAAUUGAUACUGCUGCUUGGAUUCCACCAAUAUGCGGUGCCUCUGCAGUAUUAGUAGGAUCGUUAUUUCCAUUAGCUGAUUAUUGGUUUAUGCGAAAACCACAAGAUUUUCAAAGGGAAUGGAGUAAUGUUAUGAGAUGCAUGGGAGGUUUCAUCGGGGUUGCAUAUGCUGCAACGAAAUUACCAUGGAGUAGCAAUUAUCAGGUGUCUUGCACAUUGGCACUGAUUUCAAUUGUAUUGUGGUUCUUAUUUGAUCGUACUUUACAUGGAUUUAUGAUGUCCGCAUUGUUCUCUUCGAUAGGAACGGGUGUUAUGUACAUGCUCGUUUCAAACGGGAUUUAUAGUUUUACGCACGCCGAUUUUUUUGGUGUACGUUCAUGGAUUCCGUGCAUACUUUAUUCAUCGUGUGUAUGUUUUGGUACAAUUGGCAGGCAGCUAAUGAUAGUGCCAGAGGAAUGGUUUGAGAAGGUUGAUGGAGAAGUGGUUGAAAUAAGUGAGAAGUUUGAAGGCCGUCUAUAA